AUGUCCUUCGAUAGACCAGAAAUAUACAGUGCUCCAGUCCUGCAAGGUGACUCCUCCAAUGAUGACGACAACAUCGAAAUAAUUAAAUCAUUUAGAAACUUCAUUUUGGAGUUUAGGUUAAAUUCUCAUUUCAUCUACAGAGAUCAAUUGAGAAAUGCUCUCCUAGUGAGAAAUUACUCUCUAACGGUAAACAUGGAACAUUUAAUCGGCUAUAAUGAAGAUUUAUAUAAAAGGUUAUCUGAUGAACCAUCGGACGUGAUUCCAUUAUUUGAAAACGCCAUCACUCAAGUGGCCAAAAGAAUUUCAAGUUUGACAAGGUCAUCCUCAUCGCAACAGCAACAACAACAACAACAAAACUCUAAUGAUGAUAACGAUAAUCUCCCCUCAGAUUCUUCCUCCGCAUUGAUACCAAAUUUCCAAUUAAUUUUGAACUCAAAUGCAAACCAGACUACUUUAAGAAAUUUAGAUUCGGAACAUGUCUCGAAAAUAGUUCGUUUAUCAGGUAUAAUCAUCUCCGCAUCAGUACUUUCAUCUCGUGCCACCCAUUUAUCAUUAAUGUGUAAAUCUUGUAGACAUACAACAUCAAUGGACAUCAACAAUUUCAAUUCCAUAUCAGGUAACUCAAUAACAUUACCUCAUUCUUGUAGAUCAAACAUAUCAUCAUCAGAAACUUCAAAUAUCGGAGGUGGUGAAGAUGGUCCAGGUGGGAAAAAUUGUGGACCUGAUCCAUAUUUAAUCGUUCAUGAAUCUUCCAAUUUCAUUGAUCAACAAUUCUUAAAAUUACAAGAAAUUCCUGAAUUAGUACCCGUGGGGGAAAUGCCAAGAAAUAUUACCAUGUCAUGUGAUAGAUAUUUAACUAAUCGUGUCAUCCCAGGUACUCGUGUCACUAUAGUGGGGAUUUAUUCCAUUUAUAACUCCAAGAGAAUGGCCGGGGGUAACACAAAUGAUGGUGGAAUCGCAAUUAGAAAUCCUUACAUUAAAAUCCUCGGUAUUCAAACUGAUGUGGAAACUUCUUCAAUUUGGAAUUCAAUGACAAUGUUCUCAGAAGAAGAAGAAGAAGAAUUCUUACAAUUAAGUAGAAGAGAUGACUUAUAUGAGCUUUUAACAAAAUCAAUUGCCCCAUCUAUCUUUGGUAAUGAAGAUAUUAAAAAGGCAAUAGUUUGCUUAUUAAUGGGAGGGUCAAAAAAACUAUUACCAGAUGGAAUGAGAUUAAGAGGAGAUAUUAACGUCUUAUUAUUAGGGGAUCCAGGUACUGCUAAAUCUCAAUUAUUAAAAUUCGUCGAGAAAGUAUCCCCAAUCGCCGUAUAUACUUCAGGUAAGGGGUCAUCUGCGGCAGGUCUAACUGCAAGUGUUCAAAGAGAUCCAGCAACAAGAGAAUUCUUUUUAGAGGGUGGUGCAAUGGUCCUUGCAGAUGGUGGCGUCGUUUGUAUCGAUGAAUUCGAUAAAAUGAGAGAUGAAGAUCGUGUCGCCAUCCAUGAAGCAAUGGAACAACAAACUAUUUCCAUCGCAAAAGCUGGGAUCACUACAGUAUUAAAUUCAAGAACAAGUGUAUUAGCAGCAGCAAAUCCAAUAUAUGGUCGUUACGAUGAUUUAAAAUCACCAGGUGAAAAUAUAGACUUUCAAACUACUAUCUUAUCCCGUUUCGAUAUGAUCUUUAUCGUGAAAGAUGAACAUAAUGAAGAACGUGAUAUAUCUAUUGCAAAUCAUGUUAUUAAUAUUCAUACAGGUCAUUCUACAACUCAAAAUGAUCAAGAUUUGGAAAAUUCAGGUUCGGAACUAACUAUGGAAAAGAUGAAACGUUAUAUAACCUAUUGCAGAAUGAAAUGUGCUCCAAGACUUUCACCACAAGCUGCAGAAAGAUUAUCCUCCCAAUUUGUUACUAUUAGGAAACAACUAUUAAUAAACGAAUUAGAAUCCACGGAAAGAUCAUCGAUCCCAAUUACUAUCCGUCAACUUGAAGCUAUUAUUCGUAUCACAGAAUCAUUAGCCAAAUUAGAAUUAAGUCCCGUGGCACAUGAAAAACAUGUAGAUGAAGCAAUUAGGUUAUUUCAGGCUUCCACUAUGGAUGCAGCAUCACAAGAUCCAAUUGGUGGUAUGAACCAAAAUGCUCCUAACAUCAUGACAGAGAUACGUAAUAUUGAACAAGAAUUGAAAAGAAGAUUACCUAUCGGAUGGUCAACUUCUUACCAAACUUUGAGAAGAGAAUUUGUUGAUUCAAAUAAAUUCUCUCAGGCAGCAUUAGAUAAAGCUUUAUAUGCAUUAGAGAAACAUGAAACCGUCCAACUAAGGCAUCAAGGUCAAAAUAUUUAUAGAAGUGGAGUGUAA